UUUAAUCCUAAGAGAGAACACCCAGCACAGAACAUCCUUGUUUAGAACCAAAUCCUAACGUUCUGGAAAUAUUCUUCGCGAAUGUUUCUUAUUCCUCACACUAAGCAAUUGUGUUACUUCGACGAAGCCGUCGAUUCAGGGGUCGUGAAGCCCGCAUCUGUGGAGAUCCAGCAGCGGCGCUCGGCCCUCGACAGGGGUGAAGGUGACUCGCCUGUUAGUGCGGGAGAUGCAGUCGAAGCGUCGCGGACGCUCGCUCGGCUCCGUCACAUCAUUCUGAUCAUCGAAACAACCCGCUUCCAAGGAUCGCCCUCACCCUCUCAUCGAGGACAGGCGGAUUAGAGACGUUUUCUCAGUUACGUGGUUUCAUUCGUGGAUGCGUAUGCAUGUGUUCUGCACCGAACGGGCGAAAGAACCGCCCCAGAUCCGCAGCCAAUAUUUUUCAAAUCGGGAAAUCUUCGGUGAGGGAUCCGGAGCGCCGGGAGAGCACCGAGAGCACGCGGAGAGCUCAGCGGGCGAUGGAUGACUGUAGAACGACCGUUCAGGAGUUCAACACUCUUGUGGCUCUCCAUCGUGAGCAGGUCAUCUCCAUAGGGGAGAAUACAAUUGACUGUCCUUCUUUAAGGGCACAGAUGCACAAGACUCGCGUCAAAGGAUGCGCUGUAGCCCAGGUGGCCUAUCAAAACCUCAUCGCAAUCUCUGGGCCAGAGGAUGGUGAAAUCCACCCAGAAAUAUGCAGAUUGUUCAUCCAGCUUCAGUGCUGUCUGGAGAUGUACAUUACAGAGAUGCUUAAAUCUAUGUGUCUGUUGGGUGUUCUGCAGCUCCAUAGGAAAGGAAAUGAUGUGUGCCCUGAGCCCAACGUGGACUACAGGGUCGAUGAAAGCUCUGAUGUGCCGAUGCUGGAAGAUCGAUCAUCAUCACCUGUAGAUUUUCCUCAGGAAUCCUGGGUCGUAUGCACAGACAUUGAGAACAUAGAGAGUGAUACGCGAGAAAUGAGGAACCUUCUAAGCAAACUCAGGGAGACAAUGCCUUUGCCACUGAAAAAUCAAGAUGACAGCAGUCUGCUAAAUCUGACUCCUUAUCCACUGGUGAGGCAGAGGAAGAGGCGAUUCUCCGGGCUUUGUUGCCUUGUGUCUGGCUGAACCUUCAAUACUCUCAAGUCUUCUUUUCUGAUCAUUGAUCAAUUUAAGCUUCACUCGUCUCCUUCGUGUCUCUGGAACUGUUUCGCUAAUGUAACUUGUCCCUGGACAAUGUUAAAACCACUUAAUCCCUUGUUGGAGGACAGAAUCCCCUCGACUCAAAACCCUGCCAAUUGGGUUUUUUAGCAAAAUCAGUGGUCUGUUUUUACUUCGUCAUGUGCUGUGAAACCAUAUGAUUGUGUAAAAAAGCAAGAGAAUGAAGUAAAAUAAUAACAUCUGUCUCUGAUUUUAUCAUAGUCAUAAAAUUUGUUGUCGGUGAAAGGGCACGUUUAGUUAUAGGAUUGCUGUAUUUCAUCAUCUUGCUUGUUUUUUUUAUUUUUAUAAAUUUAGCCACUGUGGAAUGCUUUUUAUUUAGUCUUCCAUAAAGGGGUAAUUAUGAAA